UGGGGUAGUUUCGUCAAUUGACUCAGUUUUUCCCUCUCUUGCAUACGGUUCGAACACACUGACACAGUAGAGAGAGAAGGAGAGGGAGAUGGCUUACCAGCGAAGGCUCCAGGCUGCGGCGAAAUUCAUCGAAAACGCUGACAGACGCGCCGCCGAAGAGCUAGUGAUUCCUGAAGAACUUGGCGUGACUGCCACUCUGAAGCCUCACCAAGUCGAAGGUGUUUCAUGGCUCGUACGGCGGUAUUUUCUCGGCGUCAACGUUGUUCUCGGAGACGAGAUGGGACUAGGGAAGACUUUGCAAGCUAUCUGUUUGAUGAGCUACAUUAAGGUUCAACAGAUGUCACCUGGGCCAUUUUUGAUAUUAUGUCCUCUAAGUGUAACGGAUGGUUGGGUAUCGGAGAUGGGUAGAUUUGCUCCAAAACUUAAAGUUUCACGGUAUGUUGGGGACAAAGAUCACCGUCGUAAUUUACGCAGAACAAUGUAUGAGCAUGUUAAAGAACAGUCCUCGAAAGCUGAUGUUUUGUUGGUUCCUUUUGACGUGUUGUUAACAACAUAUGAGAUAGCAUUGAUGGAUCAGGAUUUUCUUUCUCAAAUACCAUGGCAUUACGCAGUAAUUGAUGAAGCUCAAAGGCUUAAAAACCCUUCUAGUGUUUUGUAUAAUGUCCUGAAAGAGCGUUUUCUCAUGCCAAGACGACUAUUGAUGACUGGCACACCUAUUCAAAACAAUCUAACUGAACUUUGGUCUUUGAUGCACUUUUGUAUGCCUUCAGUCUUUGGGAAGUUGGACCAAUUCCUUUUUGCAUUCAAGGAAGCUGCAAAUCCCUCAGGGAAUGAUCAGUCUAUAGUCAAGGAGCAGUUAAAAAUUUUAAAAAGCAUAGUGGGAACUUUCAUGCUUCGACGUACAAAAUCAAGACUUAUUGAGUGUGGAAAUUUAGUCCUACCACCACUUACUGAGAUAACUAUGAUGGCACCGCUAGUCAGCCUGCAAAAGAAAGUGUACGUGUCAAUUUUGAGGAGAGAGCUCCCUAAACUUCUUGCAUUUUCAUCUGGAACCUCAAAUUACCAGUCCUUACAGAAUACUGUAAUGCAGUUACGAAAAACUUGUAGCCAUCCGUACCUAUUCCCUGGCAUUGAACCUGAACCAUAUGAAGAAGGUGAACACCUUGUUAAGGCCAGUGGAAAACUUAUUAUUUUGGACCAGCUACUUCACAAGCUACAUGAUUCGGGACAUCGUGUUCUUCUUUUUGCUCAGAUGACUCAUACACUGGACAUUCUACAAGGAUUUUUGGAGUUACGAAGAUAUUCUUAUGAGCGUCUUGAUGGAUCGAUUCGAGCUGAGGAGCGGUUUGCUGCUAUAAGAAGUUUCAGUAGACAAUCAGCUGAAGGUAGUUUGAGUUCACAAGCUGAAGAAAAUGGUGCUUUCGUAUUUCUGAUUUCUACUAGGGCUGGGGGAGUUGGUUUGAAUCUUGUAGCUGCUGAUACUGUCAUUUUCUACGAGCUAGACUGGAAUCCUCAGGUUGACAAGCAGGCUUUGCAGAGAGCUCACCGUAUUGGUCAAAUGAGCCCUGUGUUGUCUAUUAGUCUGGUUACUGAACGUACUGUGGAAGAGGUCAUUAUGCGGAGAGCAGAAAGGAAAUUGCAGCUUAGCCAUAAUGUUGUGGGAGAUGAUGUUGAAAACGAAGAAAAUAAAGAAUCUGCAGGAGUUGAAGGAGGUGAUUUGCGUUCUGUCAUAUAUGGGUUAGGUAUAUUUGAUCCUGAUGAGACUAGCAAUGACAAUAUUGAGGAAUUACAAAGCUCAAAGUUGAAAACAAUGGUUGAGAGGGUAGUUGCAAUGCGUCAUGAACAAGUUGCUGGUAAUGAUGGCAGGAAAUUUGAAGUUAAUCCGACAGAUAUGUUGAAGGGAUGUCUUUCUUCUCAACAACAAGAAGCUGUAUCUUUGAGUUCUGAUUCUGGUUUUGAUGAGGCAUCAUACCUCUUGUGGGUUGAAAAAUUUAAGGAGGCAUCACAAACAAGUGGAGACCAAAUCAUUGAUUUGGGAAGAAGAAGAGAUUUAGAUGAGAGUAAACGUGCUAAACUUGAGGCUGCAAAGAAAAAGGCUGAUGAGAAGAAAUUGUUGAAAUGGGAAACCCUUGGCUAUCACUCGCUGUCUAUCAAAGACCCUGUUAUCCCUUCGGAUGAUGAUUCGAUGUUAGAAUUGGGUUCUGUUCACUUUGUUUAUGGAGAUUGUACUAAUCCUUAUGAUACUUGUCCAUCUGAGCCUGCCAUUAUAUUCAACUGUGUUGAUGAUUCUGGAAAUUGGGGACGUGGAGGAAUGUUUGAUGCACUGACUAAACUGUCUACAAGAAUACCAGAGGCUUAUAGCCGAGCUUCUGAAUUUAAGGACCUACAUCUUGGUGAUCUUCAUCUCAUAAGAGUGAAUGACAAUUCUGAUGAACAGAAUACUCGUCAGAAUACAGAUGGUAAUACUUCUCUAUGGGUGGGUUUAGCCGUUGUACAGUCUUACAAUCCUAGGCGAAAAGUACCUCGUAGUAAGAUAUCUAUCCCGGAUCUGGAAUGUUGCUUAUCAAAGGCAUCCUUUACGGCAGCACAAAACUCUGCUUCAAUACACAUGCCACGAAUUGGUUACCAAGCUGGAUCAGAUCGUUCUGAGUGGUACACCAUUGAACGUCUUCUUCGAAAAUAUGCAUCCAUUUACGGCAUAAAAAUCUUUGUGUACUAUUACCAAAGGUCAUCGUAACAGGUUUAACCGUUGUUACAAGUUGCGGUGCGGCAUCGUAAACAUAUAAUGUUUUCUGUCUUUGGUCAUGAAUUAUGUACUUGAUAUUUUAAGAGCUAUGUCAGGGCACUCCCAAAGACAUUGUAUUCUAUUAGGCUUGUAUAAAUCUUUGGGCUUUUUGUGGAGGAGAUCAGAGUAAUAAUAGUAAAAUCUAACACCUUCAAACAUCAUAGCUGGUUUCCUUUCA